CUCUGGAAUGAGUUGUGUGAAAUGAUUUCCAAGAACCCUGAUAAAGUGCACUCACUAAAAGUGGACGCCAUUAUUCGAGGCGGACUGCGACGUUACACAGACCAAAUUGGCCAGCUUUGGAAUUCCUUGGCUGACUACUAUAUUCGUGCCGGAUUGUUUGAAAGAGCAAGGGAUAUAUAUGAAGAAGCAAUACAGACUGUGCUGACUGUUCGGGACUUUACUCAGGUUUUUGAUGCCUACGCCCAAUUUGAAGAAAGUGUUCUUUGUGCUAAAAUGGAAGAAACAAGCAAAACAAAGCCUAGUGAAGAAAGUGACCUUGACCUUGAACUGCGUCUGGCACGCUUUGAGGAUCUUAUGGAUCGAAGACCACUUCUCCUGAACAGUGUGUUGCUGCGUCAGAAUCCACACAAUGUUCAUGAGUGGCUGAAGAGGGUCAAGCUUUUUGAAGGCAAGCCUAGAGAGAUAGUCAACACUUUCACAGAGGCUGUUCAAACCAUUGAUCCCAAGCUGGCCACUGGUAAACUGAAUGUCUUAUGGGUGUCAUUUGCCAAGUUUUAUGAAGAAAAUGACCAGAUUGAAGAUGCUCGAAUCAUUUUUGAAAAAGCAACCCAAGUACCAUUUACAAAAGUGGAAGACCUUGCCUAUGUGUGGUGCGAGUGGGCAGAGAUGGAACUGCGACACGAAAACCAUGAAGGGGCUCUUAAUCUAAUGCAGAGAGCCACUGCUAUGCCAUCCAGGAAAGCUGCCUACCAUGAUCAA